CGCACAAACGCGCACUGGCUGGAUAAAUUCGGAGGAGAAACAGAUCGACCCGGUUUCUAGCUGCGACUGCGAAGCACGAGGAAACAUCUGAGGAAGCGUCUUGCUGCCGGUGGAGGAUCAUUUUCUCUUUUGUUCUGAGCGGAAUGUAAAACGUUUUCUCGGUUUUGCGCAAUCACUUGCGUUAUCUGCACUCAAACACGCGUCGUGCGCGCAAAUUACGCCAAAAGCGGAUUUGAGAAAACGGACGCGUUUACUGUCAGUCUGACAGCUUUGACCGUUAAAAGUGACUUGUUUUGGUUUAAGACUGAGCCAGAUGCUGCUGAAAACUGAACUAAGAGGACAUCUUUCUGAAAACUCGUCAGAAAACAUAGUCUCUUUUGUGUUAAGACUGUAGGAUCGACAAAGUGAUCCAUGUUUGUUCUUAGCCUGGAUAUGCAAACACAUCAGAACUUGAAGUCUGUGGGCCUGGUUUGGAGUAAACAUGGUCGCUCUGAUGUGGUCUGAAGUUAUAAAUCAUCUCCCAUGACCUACUGAGCCAUGCUUUUCAGCCUCUCGCAUUCCCAAGAUGGCAAAAUGUGAACUUAUUGAAUUGCAGGACUUGACUCCAGAUGACCGCAUCGAGUUAGCGCCCCCUCUGUCCCGCGCAGGACCCACUCUGGAAAGGUGGAGCAAAGAGAAGGUGGUGCGGAUGGUGGGGGAGCGUGUGCAUCUGGAGGACCCCGACUGGCUGACGUGUAAACCGGGCCGGGGACACGACUUCCAGCCCUGCAGCCAGACGCAGCUCAACUGGUGCGACCUCUGCGGGGAGUUCAUCUGGAGCCUGUACCGCCAGAGCCUCCGCUGCACACACUGUAAUUACACUUGUCACUACCGCUGUCAACCCUUCAUUCAACUGGACUGCAGCUUGAACUGCGACGCCGUCAGCGAACAGCUAAACUGCUGCGAGGACACGAUCGAGACGGACACUAAUGUGGAUGAGCUAGUGGACUGGAGAAAACAGGAGCUGUCUGUCAGUGAAAUACAACAGAAAGUGAAAGAAUACAACGCUCAGGUCAACAGUAACCUCUUCAUGGUUCUGAACCGUGAUGGAUCUUACACUGGCUUCAUAAAGGUCCAGUUUAAGCUGGUCCGGCCCGUGUCUCUCCCUCCUCCACAGAUCACGUGCUCCUCCUCGGGACGGGAUGGAGUGUGUCAGGAAGACGAAGCACUGAAGCGUCGCACCUCAUUCUACCUGCCCAGAGACACGGUCAAACACCUGCACAUCAGCUCCAGCACACGGGCCAGAGAGGUCAUCGAAGCCCUGCUGAAGAAAUUCACUGUGGUGGACAAUCCGGCCAAGUUCUCACUGUUUGAACGCAGCGAACGACAGAACCAAGUGUACUUAAGGAAGUUAGCAGAUGAUGAGCGUCCGCUUUUCCUGCGUCUGUGUGCUGGACCCAACGAGAAGGGCCUCAGUUUAGUCCUUAAAGAGAAUGAAACGGGGGAAGUCAAUUGGGAUGCGUUCAGUUUUCCUGAACUUCAGAACUUCCUGCGCAUCCUGCAGCGGGAGGAGGAGGAUCACGUACGGCAGAUCGUGCGGCGCUACGCUCUGGCCAGAGACAAGAUGAAAGAGGCUCUGAAGAACUUCGGCACGCCGGGCUGAAACAAGCUGCUUCUCAUACCUCAGAAACGAAAGGAAACAUACUGAGGACGCUCGUACACAGCUUGUUACUGUUUGAAUCCAAAGAGUGUGUGGAAGAACCCUCUGUCCUGCAGUGGACAUGAGAAGGGUUGUAAGCGCAGUGCGAGAGAGAGAGCGAGAGGAUUAGCGUGUGUUUAAGCGUGAGAGGAGUGUGACGUUACACUGGAAGAAAUGCUGCAGUCGUAGCUGUAGAUCCAGUUGUGGAGUGACGUCGUUUCUGUGCGAGCCGCAGAUUAUUGCUCUGUGGUGAAUGCAUAUGUCAAUGCAGAUUAAAGAGUAUUUUCAGCACCAUUUAAACUUGUAAUAGGGAAAAAAGGGUUUAUUUUAAUGUCUGUAUUAAAAUAACACUAUUUAGUGAUGCAAUACUUGUCAGAUAUUGAAGCACCCAUGUAUAUAUUGAAUAUUUGUUGUCAAUUAAAUGAAAUUAAAUAAAAUAU